AUGCCUGCGGACACAACAUACAAGAGUUUGCCUAUGACCAACAGAUCGAUUGUGAGAAGUCUGACUGCAAACUUUCGACGUGCCAUAUACAAGAGCCUCAUGAUUGCAAAGAAACGUGCGCUCAAUGGCGACGGCAGCCCGAGACGUUCUUUCCAUGGGCUAAGAACAUCGAAUGCCCAGGCUGUGCAGAGGCCAAUCGCUGAUCGACUUGCCAGAAAUAGUGGUAGUGAUCACUCAGCCAUCAGUAUUGUUACGCCUAAUGCAUCGAAUGUUAUUACAUACUAA